GUACUUUCUCACACACACAUUUCUGCUUCCAUAACAAUCUAUUCUAUUCUCCAUUCUGUGUUAUUCUCUCUAACUAGCCAUGGCUGAUAAAGUGAUUCUGCUAGAUUACUGGGUAAGUCCAUUUGGCAUGAGGGUCAGAAUAGCCCUAGCUGAAAAGGGUAUCAAGUAUGAGUACAGAGAAGAAGACUUAAGCAACAAAAGCCCUUUGUUGUUACAAAUGAACCCUAUUCACAAGAAAAUCCCUGUUCUAAUUCAUAAUGGUAAAUCAAUUUGUGAAUCUUUAAUGGCUGUUCAGUAUAUUGAUGAGGUUUGGAAUGAGAAAUCUUCUUUGUUGCCUUCUGAUCCUUAUCAGAGAUCACAAGCUAGGUUCUGGGCUGAUUAUGUUGAUAAGAAGAUCUUUGAUGUUGGAAGGAACCUUUGGGCCAAAAAGGGAGAAGAGCAAGAAGCUGCCAAGAAAGAAUUCAUAGAAGUCCACAAAUUGUUGGAGCUAGAAUUGGGAGACAAGACUUAUUUUGGAGGAGAUAAGCUUGGUUUUGUCGAUGUAGCACUUAUUCCAUACUACACUUGGUUUAAAAGUUAUGAGACCUUUGGCAACAUCAGUCUAGAAAAGGAAUGCCCUAAGUUCAUUGCUUGGGCCAAGAAAUGUAUGCAGAUUGAGAGUGUUUCAAAGUCUCUUCCUGAUCAAGAUAAGGUCCAUGACUUAAUUGUAGAGCUGAGGAAGAUGAGUUAUUAAGUGGGUUGGAGAUGUUAAGUGCGUCUUUAGAUGAACGAUGAAUUUGACAAAAUUAGACGUUGCUUUGAUUGAUAAUAUUGUAUUUGUUAAAAUUAUGAUGGUUCAUUGUGAUUUAGUUAUUCUUACGAAUCCAAACACAAACACGUAGUAAAUGAUUUCA